AUGCGCGGCGCAGUGUUCGCUGCGCCACUUCCGCUGACAUUCCAUUCACUGACAACGCAGAUCGGUGACUGACAAAUAAAGCUCUUCUCAUUUUUCACCACCAAUGUAUAACUCCAACAUUGUUGCUAAUGUUUUUCUUUAUUCAUUAUGUUGUCAGAACAACUACAAGCUUUUAAACAGGCCGUUAUUAAACACACACAAGCCAAGUAGGAGUUUCGGUAAGCUUAAAGAAGCGCAUCGCAUUGGUGCCUUUUUUAAUUUGUUUUUUCCUUUCGUACACAAAUCCACCCUGCUCUCUCUCUUCUUUGCUUGAGUGCGGAUGAGAAGAGGAAGCUCUGCCUAAAUCGUGUCAAGUCUUGUUUUAACCCCUUAAGUCCCAAUGUUGACCAACGUCAAUUUUCUCGUAACAAUAUCCGUAUACUGUGAAGAGACAAGGUUAUAAGAAUUAAUAAAAUGAUCGUCAAAGAAAAAUGCCUUGAUCAUGUAGUAAAUUCUCUCAACUAAUUCUUAAAGGAAAUGUAUGGAGAUCAUUUUGGAGAAUUUGUAUGUGUAUAUUAAUUAGGGCUUAGAGGGUUAGGGUCGCUUUCCUGCUUAUCGUAUAGGUGAGCGCGACCCCCAUAACUUGAAGAUUUGAAUCCGCUUUCACUACUUUUCUGUUCAGGACAAAUCGUUGGCAACGGUUAGCUGAUUUACAAACUUGUUCUUCGAGCAUUUGGAGGGAACUCUUUUUCUAUCUCCUUUCUCCAACAGCUACAGCUACAGCACGGACAAACGGAGGAGAUGAAAAUUAAACACCGGAGAUGCAGGGAGGCUGAAACCCAGUUACGCCUGAUUGAGGAGCGCUUGGGCAUGACUCCGACCCAGUACGAUAUGCCUCCCAGUCCGGCCACUAUGCUGCUGAUAGAAAUCAACACUUCACCUACCAAAACAGCUACCUCGCGUCGCUCCAGCGUACGAGCUGCGGCUGCUGCUACCGCUUCUCCGACCUUAUCGACUCCGGUCGUAAAUGGUACGAGCGACGCAUCGGGAAACACAACUUCUCCGAGAACGAGGCGAGGUGCUGCGAUCUCCCCUGAAGAUGUGAGAACCAGUAAACGAACGCGCCGAUGA